AUGAUAUUUUAUAAUAUUAAAUUAAUUAUAUUUUCAAUUAUAUUAGUAUCAUUAACGUUAAGUUAUAAUAAUGACUGUGAUGGAUUAUAUAAAUAUAUAAAUUAUAAAAACAUGGUGUUAUGGCCAAUGAAUUUUAGAUGCUUAGGAGAAUUAUCAAAUGGAUUUAUAACAAAUAAUAGACAUAAAAAUAGCAAAUUAAGAGAAUACGGAAACCCCAAUGAAGGAAAAUACAAGAAGGACAAAUAUCCAUAUGAUAAGACAAAAACAAAACAAAAUAUACCACAUGUAAAAGAAAAGGGAAAAGUUGGAACACCACAUUUAAAAAAAUAUGAAAAAGAAAAUGAAUCAAAAUCAAAUAGACCUAAUCGUUCCUUCAAAAAUUCAGAAAUGCAUUCUCAAAAUAAUUCAGAUAAAUCAAAUGAUAAAUAUAAAUGUCGGAAAAAAAAAUUUUUGAAUAUCCUUUUAUAUAUAGGUUUAAUAAUUACUUUUCAUUUUCACAUUUGUUGUAUGUCUUGCAAAAAUAAAAGAAAUAUAGAAAAAUAA